GGAAAAUGCCAACCUUUUUGUCCACUUGUCUUCCCCGGUCGUUGAUCUCUCCGUCAACUGAGUCUUGCUCACCACGUUGUCCUACGCACAAGGAAGCCCACCUUGACUCUCUCUCCUGCUUGGACUACAGACUACUCUUCCCUCUCUCCUAAUCAUAUAACAACACAUCUUGUAUGCAUAUAUACAAGCCUCACACCGCGUCACCACACAAUAUCACUCUCAUAUUUUAAAACCCAAUACAACAGAAACCUGACAUACCCACACCCAUUCACUCACAGAGACCAAAAAGCUCCACAAACAACGCUGGUUCUUCAAGAAGAAUCAAAUAAGGGUAUGUCUGUGUUCCUCUCCCACUUAUAUUCAAUGAGGUACGUCGUAGGAGUUGAUUUCCUCCUCAAUCCCAUUUUCUUCCGCGGGUUUUCUGGUUCUGUGCACCUAGUUUUGUUGCUUAUCCUAUUUAUUUCAUGGGUUUGCAAGAAAAUUAGGACUAAUAAGAAUGAGGGCCAAAAACAGUGUCUUAGAAUCACUAGGUUCUCGUAUCACAAACGAACUAUGUUUUUUUGUCUGGGUCUGUCACUGUUUAAUCUUGUUCUAUGCUUAUUGAGCCACUUCUAUUGGUAUAGAAAUGGUUGGUCUGAGGAAAAGGUUGUGACCCUUUUAGAUUUGGUAAUCAAAACACUUGCUUGGUUAAUUCUCUCUGUUUUCUUGCACACCCAGUUCUUUAAUUCAGGUGCAUCAAAGCUCCCAGUUGCUUUAAGAGUUUGGUGGGGGUUUUUCUUCUCCAUCUCUUGUUAUUCCCUUGUUGUGGACUCUGUUUAUUACAAAAAGCACCGAACUUUACCAGUGCAAUUUUGGGUGUCUGACAUAGUUUGUAGUAUUUCUGGGUUGUUCUUCUGUUUUGUGGGGUUUUUAGGUAAGAAAGAAGGUGAAAAUGCCCUUCUUCAAGAACCCCUUUUGAAUGGUAGUGCUAGUAAUGGUAUAGAGUCCAAUAAGUCUGGUGGGGGUGAAACUGUGACCCCUUAUUCCAGUGCUAGUUUCUUUAGUGUCCUUACUUUCUCUUGGAUGGGUAAUUUGAUUGCUGCCGGCUCCAAAAAAACUUUGGACCUCGAGGAUGUUCCUCAGCUUGCCAGUAUUGAUAGUGUCAGGUCGGCUUUUCCAAUUUUGAGAAAUGAGGUAGAAUCGGAUUGCGAGAGUAGUAGUAAAGUGACAACAUUUGUGCUGGUGAAGGCUUUGAUUUUCACGGUAUGGAAGGAAAUUCUAUUAUCAGCUUUUCUUGUGCUUGCUUACACAUUGGCUACUUAUGUCGGCCCCUACCUCAUUGAUACUUUCGUUCAAUACCUUAAUGGUCGUCGCGGAGUCAAAAACGAAGGUUAUCUUUUGGUUUCUACAUUCUUCAUUGCAAAGGUAGUUGAGUGUCUUGCACAGAGGCACUGGUUUUUUAAGGCCCAACAGGCUGGAUUUAGAGCUAGGGCUGCAUUGGUUGCCAUGAUCUACAAUAAGGGUUUGACCCUUUCAUGUCAAUCAAAACAGAGUCACACUAGUGGGGAGAUCAUCAAUUUCAUGACCGUUGAUGCGGAGAGAAUUGGUGACUUCGGUUGGUAUAUGCAUGAUCCUUGGAUGGUGCUCUUACAAGUUGCUUUGGCUUUGGCAAUCUUAUACAAAAAUCUUGGGCUUGCUUCAAUUGCUACAUUUGUUGCUACUGUGCUAGUGAUGUUGGCAAACUUUCCUUUGGGAAAGUUGCAGGAGAAAUUUCAGGAAGAACUAAUGGCAUCUAAAGAUCGAAGGAUGAAGUCGACGUCCGAAAUUUUGAGGAACAUGAGGAUUCUCAAGCUUCAGGGUUGGGAGAUGAAGUUCUUGUCAAAAAUUGUCGAGCUCAGGAACACGGAGGCAGGAUGGUUGAGAAGAUACGUGUACACUACCGCCAUGACCUCUUUUGUUUUUUGGGUCGCCCCAACAUUUGUGUCUGUGGUCACGUUUGGUGCUUGUAUGCUUAUGGGAAUCCCACUGGAAUCAGGGAAGAUAUUGUCUGCACUUGCAACAUUUAGAAUACUUCAAGAGCCUAUUUAUAAUCUUCCUGAUACAAUUUCAAUGAUUGCUCAGACCAAAGUUUCCCUUGACCGAAUUGCUUCAUUCCUCCGUCUUCAUGACCUGCAGCCGGAUGUUAUACAGGUGCUGCCGAGAGGUACAUCUGACACAGCCAUUGAGAUAGUUGAUGGGAAUUUUACUUGGGAUGUGUCUUCUCCUACUUCAACUCUCAAAGAUAUAAAUCUCAGGGUGUCUCGUGGAAUGAGGGUUGCUGUUUGCGGUACCGUUGGUUCAGGCAAGUCGAGCUUAAUCUCUUCUAUCUUGGGAGAAAUGCCCAAAAUAUCUGGAGCUAUUAUGCUAAGUGGAACAAAGGCUUACGUUGCUCAGUCACCCUGGAUACAGAGUGGGAAGAUUGAGGAAAAUAUACUUUUUGGUAAGGAAAUGGACAGAGAGCGGUAUGAGAAGGUUCUUGAAGCGUGUUCCUUAAAGAAAGACCUGGAAAUUCUCUCCUUCGGUGAUCAGACGGUUAUAGGUGAGAGAGGAAUCAAUUUGAGUGGUGGACAGAAACAGAGAAUACAGAUUGCGCGUGCCCUGUACCAAGAUGCUGAUAUCUAUCUUUUUGAUGAUCCAUUUAGUGCGGUGGAUGCUCAUACAGGGUCCCAUCUUUUCAAGGAAUGUUUACUGGGGCUUCUGGGUACUAAAACAGUUGUUUAUGUUACUCAUCAAGUGGAAUUCUUACCUGCUGCAGAUCUUAUCCUGGUCAUGAAAAAUGGGAGAAUUUCGCAAGCUGGAAAAUAUGAAGACAUUCUAAAUCCAGGAAGCGACUUUAUGGAACUUGUGGGUGCCCAUAAGGAAGCUUUAUUGGUGCUUGAUUCUGUAGAAACACAUUCAGGCUCAGGAAAAUCAAAUAUCAGCGAGGAAGUUGGUGGUAUUGGGGAUGCUAAGAAGGUUCUCAAGGAUGAGAAAACUGCAGUUGGUCAAAAUGGCAAAGCAGAUGAUGUUGGGGGGCCAAAAGGUCAGCUUGUUCAAGAAGAAGAAAGAGAGAAAGGUAAAGUUGGUUUUUCAGUCUACUGGAAAUAUAUCACAACUGCGUAUGGAGGAGCACUUGUGCCCUUUAUAUUGUUGGCACAAGUUUUGUUUCAGCUACUUCAAAUUGGAAGCAAUUACUGGAUGGCAUGGGCAACUCCGGUCUCCAGCAAUGUACCAGCUCCUGUUGGAGGCUCUACUCUUCUAGUUGUCUAUGUAGCUUUGGCAAUCGGAAGUUCUUUUUGCAUCCUUUCGAGGGCCUUACUUCUUGUAACGGCUGGGUACAAGACUGCCACAAUACUGUUCAAUAAAAUGCACUUCUGCCUUUUUCGCGCCCCUAUGUCUUUCUUUGAUGCCACCCCUAGCGGACGAAUUCUGAACAGAGCAUCUACGGACCAAAGUGCAGUGGAUUUGAACAUUUCAUUUCAAGUUGCCGCUUUUGCCUUCUCAAUAAUACAACUUCUGGGAAUUAUUGCAGUAAUGUCGCAGGUUGCUUGGCAGGUCUUCAUCAUUUUUAUUCCUGUCAUUGCAAUUUGCAUCUGGUUACAGCAAUAUUACAUAUCUUCAGCACGAGAAUUGGCACGGUUAAUUGGGGUAUGCAAAGCUCCAGUUAUACAACAUUUUGCUGAAACAAUCUCAGGAUCAACUACAAUUAGAAGUUUUGAUCAGGAAUCUAGAUUCCGGGACACAAAUAUGAAAUUGAUAGAUGGGUAUUCUCGCCCAACAUUUCACAGUUCUGGUGCAAUGGAGUGGCUAUGCAUUCGCUUGGAUAUGUUGUCUUUAAUUACAUUUACAUCGUCCUUGGUUUUUUUGAUCUCUGUUCCGGAGGGAACAAUUGAUUCGAGUGUUGCGGGAUUAGCAGUAACAUAUGGGCUUAAUCUUAACAUGUUACAAGCUUGGGUCAUAUGGAAUCUUUGUUCUAUGGAGAAUAAAAUUAUAUCAGUUGAAAGAAUACUUCAAUACACUUCUCUCCCUAGUGAGCCUCCUCUUGUUAUAGAAUCAAACAGGCCAGAGGCAGACGGUCACUGGCCAUCACAUGGUGAAGUUGACAUUCGUGAUCUCAAGGUGCGAUAUGCCCCACACAUGCCACUUGUGUUAAGAGGCCUCACAUGCACUUUCUCUGGAGGAAAGAAGACUGGCAUUGUAGGAAGGACGGGCAGUGGUAAAUCAACACUUAUACAGACACUCUUCCGUAUUGUUGAACCCGAUGGUGGACACAUUUUUAUAGAUGAUAUCAACAUCUCUUUGAUCGGGCUGCAUGAUUUAAGAUCUAGAUUGAGCAUAAUUCCACAGGAUCCAACCAUGUUUGAGGGGACGAUACGAAGCAACCUGGAUCCGCUGGAAGAGCAUACGGACGAACAGAUUUGGGAGGCUCUUGAUAAGUGCCAGCUUGGAGACGAAGUCAGGAAGAAGGAAUGCAAACUUGAUUCAGCAGUUAAUGAGAAUGGAGAGAAUUGGAGUGUGGGUCAAAGACAGCUGGUCUGUCUUGGCCGUGUGCUACUCAAGAAAAGCAAGGUUUUGGUGCUUGAUGAGGCAACAGCAUCAGUUGAUACAGCAACUGAUAAUCUGAUUCAGCAAACCCUGAGGCAACACUUCUCCGACUCCACAGUCAUAACCAUUGCACAUAGGAUAACAUCUGUGCUCGACAGUGACAUGGUCCUACUAUUAGAUCAUGGAUUAAUUGAGGAAUAUGAUACUCCAACAAAAUUGCUGGAAAACAAGUCAUCUUCAUUUGCCAGGCUCGUAGCAGAGUAUAGUGUGAGAUCAAAUUCUAGUUUCGAGACUUAGAGAACUGUGGAUGCCGGACCACACCAUUAAUGGCUGAUGUUAUGCAAUGAUGCUGAAAAUUGAGUUGUAGUUAUUGUCCCAGGUACAAUUUGCCCCAAUGGAUGGGGCAUCUUCUGUGAUCCAAACUGUUCUCCCGCAAGAUGCGUUAUGAUUUUCAUAAUGCAAUAGAGUUGAUGUACACUACUAUAAAUUCUUAUGUAUGCCAAGUUGUAUUACUAUGAAGAUGAACAGUCAAUAAAGAGUUUGGUAUAGCGUAUUAUUAUGUGGAUAGAGAUGAGUUUGACUGAUUUUUUCUUUGUUGAUUGAUUUCCGGUCUUGUUUUAUGGCGUGCUUAUGCACACAGGGCAGGGAUGAUAAUUUGUUACACGAUUCGUCAACU